CAAGUCACUUUUAUGAGGGAGGACUGCUACGCCUGUGUUCUCAAAAUCCCGUCUUUGCCAGCCAGACAUUGCCUUCACCUUACACCUGGCGGAAGAUACCUCAGCUGUCUCCAUUUGCCAAUUAGUUGAUGGGAAACUGAAAGCAGAAAAAGAGGAGGAAGAAUUAUUAUUAUUCCUGGGACAUGAACAAAUGACUGCAUUGCUUUUCUUGUGUAAUCGAUACCAGCAAGCAACUGUCAGAGAGCUGCUAGUCUGUCAAGGAGUGCCAUUGCAUUGAAGGACUUUGGCUUAGAACUGGUGCAUCCGUGAUACGAUCAACAAGCCCACGUGUUUUACAGACAGAAAUGCGACUGAGCAUGGUUUUUCCCAGCCAAAAGUCUACAAGCGGGACUUAAUGAUUGAUGAGUGACUGCAUGCUGAUAAACUUCUCUGUUUAUUCUGCUUUGUCUGCGUUGGACAUCGUUAAUUGUCCCCCACUUUUUUUAACUUUCUUUUCAAUUGGAGUUGAAAUUAUUUUUUUCUGGUUGUAUUUCUGUUGUGUUUUUUUUUCUUUUUCUCUCCCCUCCUUUUGUCAUUAGUUUUGGAAAUUUCUUCAGCAUAAUUCACUUGGCAGCAGUUUACAAAUUUGAAAUCAGCUUUUCAUCAUGGCUUUGAAUGUUGCUCCCGUAAGAGAUACAAAAUGGCUAACAUUAGAAGUGUGCAGGCAAUUUCAGAGGGGAACUUGUUCACGCUCUGAUGAAGAAUGCAAAUUCGCACACCCACCUAAAAGUUGCCAGGUUGAAAAUGGAAGAGUUAUUGCCUGCUUUGAUUCCUUAAAGGGUCGUUGUACAAGGGAGAACUGCAAAUACCUUCAUCCACCAACACAUUUAAAAACUCAACUGGAAAUCAAUGGUAGGAACAACUUAAUCCAACAAAAAACUGCAGCAGCAAUGCUUGCCCAGCAAAUGCAGUUCAUGUUUCCAGGGACACCGCUACAGCCAGUGCCCACAUUUCCAGUGGGUCCCACAAUAGGAACGAACACGGCUAUUAGCUUUGCUCCUUACCUAACGCCAGUAACACCGGGAGUUGGCUUAGUCCCGACUGAGAUCCUACCCACACCGCCUGUCAUUGUUCCUGGAAGUCCACCGGUUUCAGUCCCCGGUUCAACUGCUACCCAGAAACUCCUCAGGACUGAUAAACUGGAGGUGUGCAGGGAGUUCCAGCGGGGAAACUGUGCGCGUGGAGAGACUGAUUGCCGCUUUGCGCAUCCAGCAGACAGCACAAUGAUUGACACAAACGACAACACCGUAACCGUGUGUAUGGAUUACAUAAAAGGUCGUUGCAUGAGGGAGAAAUGCAAGUAUUUUCACCCUCCUGCACAUUUGCAGGCCAAAAUCAAAGCGGCGCAACACCAAGCCAACCAGGCUGCGGUGGCAGCCCAGGCAGCUGCGGCAGCUGCGACUGUGAUGACUCAGUCGACUGCCAAAGCAAUGAAGCGACCUCUCGAAGCAACUGUAGACCUGGCCUUUCCUCCCGGUGUUCUUCACCCUUUACCAAAGAGACAAGCACUUGAAAAAAGCAAUGGUGCCAGUGCCGUUUUCAAUCCCAGCGUCUUGCACUAUCAACAGGCUCUUGCCAAUGCUCAGUUGCAGCAACACGCAGCAUUUAUCCCAACAGGGUCAGUUUUGUGCAUGACACCCGCUACCAGUAUUGAUAAUCCUGAAAUAGCCGGCAGGAGCGGAACGGAGUGUCACGAAGCCUCCCUGCGGACGGCCAAGCACGGCUACUGUACAUACUACCCCGUCUCCUCCUCUCUAGAGUUGCCACAAACUGCAUGCUAAGUCAAGAAUUUGUUCUUACGGACAAAUCACAAACUCGAAAAAGCUAGUGCUGCUAUGUCAUAUAUGAAUAUUAAAUAUGGUAUGCUUACUAUACUCCAACCUAAAAUAGUUAACUACCUGAUACCAGCUGUGAUGUUUCAAGACAUAAAGGGUAACAUUUAGUUUUAAAGAUUUUCUAAGCAUAGUUUAAUUCUUGCAAAUAUUGUCUUUUCUCCAUAACUAUACCUAACGGAAAUGGUCCAGUUCAGUUAGUCUCGUGAGAUUCAGUGUUUAUGAAUCUUUCGAGCUCAGCAAUAAUUUAAGUUGUAUCGGCUAAAACUUAUCCCGGUUGCAGGUUUAAUUUUCACCCGAACUACGAUUGGGGUUAUUCUUCUCAGUUAAAAAAAAAAAAUCUUGGUUUUGCUCCCCUAGCGAGUUGAUUCCAAGACAGAGGAAGUGAAACGCAGCCCUGUGUCCUGCACAUCACCCUGCCAAUCUGAAUAUUUUCAGCCAGAAGUCCAAAGUAAAGCACAAAUUCUUUAGAUGCACAUGGUUGGUGUUUGACUUGUAUGGAGAAGUUGCAUUUGAACCAUAGCAGAAUAGCAGAAGAAAAUUUAAAAAUUUUGCACAGUAUGAACUUCAUACCCCUUUCAAUCCCCAAAAGAACAAAGUCUUGAGAAUAUUAUUUUGCAAGUAUAUUUAUAAUGUUUUUAAAAGAGACUUUGCAAAAGUGCCUAAAUUUUGUCACAUCAGACUUGAUGAAAGUGAGCCUGAUGCCAACAGUCAAAUCUCACCGGAAGCGAAAAAUCUUUCAAACUCAUAGUCAGGUUACCAAAAAGAUCCAAGCUGUUAAGAAGUAACUUCUAGAAGUGUAAAAUCAAACAAACAAACAAACAAAAAAAGACCAAACUAACAAAAGAAAGGGCAAAAAAAGAAGGCUGUAGAUGAAGAGAUUUGUAUGAUACUCUAAUUUAAUUAAAAUUCAGUUGAGUCACUGAAACUUCAUAGGUGACUUUAAUCUAGGCUAUUAACUGAACACUAAGAAUGUAGAGUGAGAUUCAGUUUAAUAAAUCAUUAAUGUAUUUGCAUUUUUUUAAUUGGAUUAUAAGAUUGUAACCAGAUUAGAGUGGAGGAAAAAAAUAGUUCUUUUAAUUGUUUUUCUUUAAAAACAUAUUUUAUGUCACAAAAGUAUGAAGAUAUCUUUAAUACAAUUAUAUACAUAUUAUAUAUACAUACAUACAUAU